UCGAAGGGCUCUGCAGGUUGGCACUCGGAGGGGCCGGAGAGUUUCACAGGGGCGCCCGUGAGCAGCUUUCCAUUGGGACAGACCCCACGUGGUGGGCACAGGGUCGCGGUGGUGGUCCUGUGUUGGAGUGUCAAGGAGCGUCCCAACCUGGGUGAGGACGAUGCCCACCCUGUCCGACGGCACACCUGGGGACUGACGAAGACCUCCAGACUGGGAAGGGCGCCGGUCAGCUCGGUUGGCAUGGCUUGGCACAAGCUGUCCUUGCUUGGCCUCCUGGGGCUCUGCUGGGCCGGCUGCCUCUUGCCCCUUGCUUGGGGCUGUGGGCCGGGCAGGGGGCCGGUGGGGCAGAAGCCAUACAACCGCAGGCCUCUGACCUCCCUGCGGUAUAAGCAGUCCGUGCCCGACAUGGCGGAGCAGACGCUGGGGGCCAGCGGAAAAGCGGAGGGCAAGAUCAGCCGCCACUCGGACCGCUUCAAGGAUUUGGUGCCCAAUUAUAACGCCGAUAUCAUCUUUAAGGAUGAAGAGAAUACGGGAGCAGACCGGCUGAUGACUGAGCGCUGCAAGGACCGAGUCAACACCUUGGCCAUUGCAGUGAUGAACAAGUGGCCAGGCGUCAGGCUGCGAGUGACGGAGGGCUGGGAUGAAGACGGGCAUCACCCUCCCCACUCCCUGCACUAUGAGGGCAGAGCCCUGGACCUCACGACGUCGGACCGUGACAGGAAGAAAUAUGGCGUGCUGGCCAGUUUGGCGGUGGAGGCUGGCUUUGACUGGGUGUAUUAUGAGUCCAAGGCGCACAUUCACGUGUCAGUGAAAGCAGAUAACUCUGCAGCUAUUCACGCUGGUGGCUGUUUCCCAGGUGACGCCGUGGUGACUUUACAGAGCGGAGAAAAGAAAAACCUUUCUGAACUUCGCUGCGGAGAGUUUGUGCUCGCUGUCAACCAGAACGGACAAGUGACUCCUAGUGAGGUUUUGCCAUUCCUCGACAGGGACCAGCACCGGCGAACCACCUUUGUGACCAUCGAGACGGAGAACCCCAUCCGCCGGCUUCUCCUCACGCCCUCCCAUCUCAUAUUUGCUGCACACAACGCAGCCAACAGCACAGCAGACUUCUCCCCCAUCUUUGCCAGCCAAGUGCGUGUGGGGGACUCAGUACUGGCACACCACACAGGCCGGCCUUGGCUUCGCCCUGCCCGGGUGGUCCGUAUUUGGCAGCAAGAGGCCGUUGGGGUCUAUGCUCCGUUGACUUCACAUGGCACCCUUUUGGUAAACGGGGUGCUGGCCUCCUGCUACGCCAUGCUUGAGAGCCAUCUCUGGGCCCACCGGGCCUUCGCCCCCUUGCGACUCGUCCACGGCCUCUUCUCACUGCUGCCUCUUAAAGGCGAAGGUAGGAACUGCAGCGCACAGGAGACUGGGGUGCAUUGGUAUUCGCAGUUUCUAUACCAGCUGGCGUGGGGCAUCCUGCGACGGGACAGCCUUCAUCUUGAAGACUAGAGUUUAAAUGUCACAUGGCGAAGAAGUAUCACUCGUCGAGCCACUGGAUUAGCUUCCCCCUGCACCAGUGAACAAACGCUUUCCAGGAAGAUAGGGUGUCAGACACUAGCUGGGUCCCGCUUGCACUGCACUUGGUUUGGCUGGGAGAGAGCUCUGGUUUGGGAACCUGGUGGCAGCAUUACAGCUGGGAUGAAGCAUAGAUUGGGGCAGGGGGGGGGGAAAUCAACAAUAAGGGAGCCAGGUGUAUGUGUUGCUCACAGAUGCAGCUUCUCCUGCUUAUGGGCUGCAUACAAAGACCAUUCCGCUUUCUCCAGGGAUCUUGGCAGAGCUACUCUCAGUUGUAUUAGAGAAGGAACCAGGUGGCUAACAAACUCACCUUGAUUUUAGAGGAUCCCCACCCCCACCCCCAUUUCCCCUUGCAGUCUAGAUCUCCAUUUGACAUUGAUGGGCAUGGCUCUAUUCCUGCUGCAGCUGCCUCAGUGAAUGAGCAAGAGGGGCGAUGGAAUGAUGUCGGAGGGCAGAGAAUUACCUGAAAGCAAUUGGAGUCCGACAGGAAAAGGGGGUCUGGGGUUUGCUUCUGGGCUUACUGUGUUCAGCAUUUUAAUACCUUGCUGAACACCGUGCAGUGAAGGAGAUGAGAGAGCCUGCCACCCAGGGAUGGGAGGGUGUCUCGUGAGGGACUAGGCAACGCACCCAGGACCUGUUCAGAAGAAAGGUGUUUUCAAACAGUGUGCACAGGAUCACUUUAACUCAGCAUUCUUUACUCACCUGGGUCAUAACACUGGAUUCAAUGGGCGGGGACAGAAGGGUGUCGUAGACUGUAAAGAACAAACGGUCUUGCGAAAAGAAUCCACUGCGCCAGCGUUCUCUUCCCAGCUCAGCCUUUGUGACCUUCACCAAGCCCUGCCUGUGCUUCUGUAUCACUACUGAAGGUCGGAGGUGGCCGAGCUUUUAACCCUUCCUUUCCCUGCCAUUCCCCUUUGAAGCAACAAGAUUAACUCUUAGUUACAGAUCCAGAGUUUUUAUUUUUUAUAUUUAUAAGCGGUAAUUUAAUGGUGGGCUGUUUCCACCUCUUGUCUAAUUUGAUGAUUGGCUGGUGGAGAAAGGAAAGGUUACUUUUUUUCCAAGCAUUGCUUUUAAGUUUUGUUUUCUCUCAAUCCUAUGUUAACUAAAGAGAAUUUCUGACUCACGCGGCACAAAGUGCUUCUUGGAAGGGGUGGGAGGCACAAAUUAAUAGAGGAAUUACAGCUGCUUUCGAAUGUACCUCUUGCAGUCUGAUUUCAGCCUCUUUUUUUGACCAGUGACUCCCAAUACACCAUUUGGGUUGGUUGUU